UAUCUGUUCUUAUCCGCCAUCAAAAAUGUACUCGCUUCCUCUGGACGGUGGUGAGUACCAUGGUCCUCUUGAUGGAACUGACCUUCCCGGCGACGCCUGUUUGGUCUUAACCACUGACCCCAAACCCCGUCUCCGGUAGACUGCUGAGCUCCACGAGAGGUUCGUUGACGCUGUCUCGCAGCUCGGCGGUCCCGAUAAAGCGACGCCCAGAACUAUCAUGAGAACAAUGGGAGUGAAAGGUCUGACUCUCUACCACCUCAAAUCACAUCUUCAGAAAUUUCGGCUAGGGAGGCAAGCUUGCAAAGAAUCAACUACUGACAACUCCAAGGAUGCUUCUUGUGUUGGCGAGAGUUAGCAAGACACAGGUUCAUCUUCUUCAUCAUCAUUGAGAAUGGCAGCGCAAGAGCAGAACGAGGGUUACCAAGUCACUGAAGCUCUACGCGCUCAGAUGGAAGUCCAACGAAGACUACACAAGCAAUUGGAGGUGCAACGAAGGCUCCAGCUUAGGAUAGAGGCACAAGGAAAGUACCUGCAAUCGAUUCUUGAGAAAGCUUGCAAGGCCUUUGACGAGCAAGCUGCUACUUUUGCUGGCCUUGAGGCAGCUAGGGAAGAGCUAUCAGAGCUAGCCAUCAGAGUCUCCAAUAGCACAAGAGUCCCUUUCUUCGACGCAACAAAGAUGAUGAUGAUGCCAUCUUUGUCCGAGCUUUCAGUAGCAAUAGACCACAAAACCAACAUUACAACCAACUGUUCAGUAGAAAGCCCUUUGACUUCCAACACCAAUGGUAGCUCGAUUUCUGCUGCAUCGAUGAAGAAGCGACACCGUGAUAUGGGCCUUGGGUAUGAAGCAGGGUGGCCUAAUAGUAGUACCAUUGGUUAAAGCUUUAGAUUAAGGUAGAGAGAGACUUCUUUACUUGCUUUGGAGGGGAUUGUAUUAUUCUGAUACAAAACUUGUCAUAUAUAUAUUUGAUGUUGAAGCUUUAGUGAUUCCUUA